UCGGUUCUACAGCGGUGCCACUACGCAGCCAGACUGCGGACCGUCAGGGUUCAGGUCCGAGUUUUCGCGGCGAGCUCCAACCGCGCAACGUGCACGACCACGCUGCCAAGCAAGGACAGCACGAGGAAAAGAGUGGAUUGCCUGCCUUCUCCGAGACACCCAAUCCGCAGCAAGAUUUGGAUUGUCGCUCGCAGUGUCGAUCGUGGAAGGAGGACAAAUUUUACUCCGAAUUGGAAGAGAAAUUGGAGCUAAAAGAUAAUCGGAGAAGGUCGAGUUGACGCCUACUUCGGAAGCAUCGCAUUUCGCGACGUGCCGCUAAAUAAAUAGUGUUUGUGAAAUUAUCUAGUGAUCGAGAAGUUUGAACGUGCAGUUGCGUGCGCCGAUUUAUCCGGCCUAUCAGCACGUGGCCCAUAAAGGUGGGAUUUUUUCGGUCUGCGCUACGCGGACAGUUGAGCGCAGUGAACUUUGUGACAAUUGGCCAGUGAAACGUGUGAUUGAAGCAUUCCCAGUUAGUUAGUAAACUCAAAGAGUUAACUUUCUUAACAAUCGCGUCAUUUCAUCAUCAGCUGUUUCAAAUCAGGUGAUUGCAACGAUUGCUCCGAUUUACUCCGCACUUAUCAAACAUAAAUUAGGAGUAUAUGCAAAUGAGUUAAAGUAUGCGUUGAAUGCAUACGGAAUAGGUGAAUAAAAUUAAUUGUAAGAAAUCCAGGGGAAUUUUGACACAAGGAGUUGAGAUUAAUCUACCAGCUCUGUCAAGACAUACGCAUUCUUCAGUAACGCGAGUCAUUCGCUAGUCAGCGUUGUCACUGAACAAAAGAAAGCGAUGAGACAAGAACUCCGACUAUAAUAAGUUUCUAAUUAUUGCGACGAGUGUGCUAAUAAUUACGAUACGCGGACGUUCAUCGCGUGAACACAUCGGUGUUUUUCAACGCGAAAUUAUAUGUUACGGACAAUAACUACAGAGUACAUGGCUUGACGUGCACAAAUAAAAUAAUUAAAACAACAUUACACGUAAAGUGUGCUAUUUACCGAUUAUCUGCGGGGUGACGCAGUGGAACAUUGUCGAGCAUCAAACCGUAAGUUAUUAUUCCGAGAUACUCCGAUCACCUGAAACAUCCAGAAACGGCUCGAAGACAUCUCGCCUUCCACAACUUGUCAUCAAUUGUUCAAGCGGAUACAAGAGGAGAUUGAAUCGACCAAAGCAGCAUUUUAUCAAGUUGUGGACAAUUAUCUGUUUGCUUCUUAAUCGCCCCUAAUUAGUCGCAAUUAUCCGCUAAUUAAGUAGGCUGAUGUCACUGAUGUAAAUCGUUCGCCGCCUCUUGCCGCUUCUUACGCUAUCACGAACUAUUAAUAUUCGCCUAAGGAAAAUUACCGAGAGAUCGGCAAGAGAAACUGUAGAAGGAAAUCUUUGGAGAGAAUUUGAAACGUGCUGUGCCUUGGUAUAAGCGUAGUAUCGAAGAGGAGGAAUAGACAUUAGGCUGCCGUUGAUCGGUGCAAGAUUCCGCGACGGAAUUGCACCGUGGCGAAGAUAAAUAAUCGCCGCUAGAUAAACCCGCGUCAGGACGACGUCCCAAAUACAUCAGUCACAGAUCGCCUCAGAUUACGAGUCCCCGGGAUGCAAGGCUGACAUGGCGGAGGGUUCGGCCGAGGAGGAACAGAGCAGUACCGCUGCGCCCGCUUCCCCGCCAGCUGAUCUUCGCACUCUGAACACCCAAUUGUCGCCGCCUUAUCACCACCAGCCCCAUCUCCAGCCUCGUCUUCAGCAUCUGCAGCAUUCCAACAUGCUGGCGACCGCCGUACCGCCCCGGCACAGCCACAGUAUGCUGUCUCAUCAGGUGAAAGCGGAGGCAGACCUGGACGGCCCCUGCGAUGUGCCAUUGAAUCUCAAGAGCGAGGAUAGCGAUAGGAGUAGCACUGGAAGUCCCGAACCAGCGACAGGUGGUGGUGCACUUCACGAACAUCAAAUGAUGAUAGACGACAUGAAGAAUUCACGAAAGAGACGACGGAGUCCAUCACCUGAAAAUCUCCAUCAAGCGAAACGUGCGGCGGUUGCACAAGCUCAUCUAAACGGAACGAUGGCUGGCAUGGUGACACUUCAGAAUCUCCAGAACUUAGCGAAUUUGCAAAAUCUUCCACAAGUUGCGUCACUGGCCGCUGGUCUUCAAGGGAUGACGGGAUUAACUAAUAAUCAAUUAAUUAAUACUCCCUUGAAUCUGACUGUCAGUUCGUCAGGUGGAACGGUACCAACAGCUUCGAGUACGACGGCGGGUUCCCACCUUCUGCCACCUAGCUCAGCUCCAAUGGCGACGUUACCUCAGCUAUUAUCUCAACCGCAACCGGUUGCGAUGCCUCAAUUCAUCCUAACGUCCGGUCAAUUGGUUCAGGGCAUUCAAGGGGCUCAGCUUCUUAUCCCCACUUCGCAAGGAAUCGCUACGCAAACUAUCUUGACCAUACCGGUUAGCCACGUCACGAACAAUCAAAUGGUAAACUUGGCGCUCAGUAAUGGACAAGUAGUUUCUACGACACUGGCGAACCUUCAGUCUCUAGCUCAACCGCAAAACAUGCUUAACACGCCUACGAGCAACGUUCCCACGAGCCCCAGCCUGGCGUCGGGAUUAGGACUGAACCCUGCUGCUUUGCCGCAUCUUCUGAGCAAUAGCUCGGCGAGCCAACAACUUCUGAACGCGAUGCAGCCUCAGCAACUGCUUCAGGCUGCCCAAGCGGCACAAGCACAAGCGGCGCAAGCUGUACAGGCCGUUCAGGCUUCUCAGCAACCACUUUUAACGACAUCGCCUCAACAGCAUAGCCACCGACACACCUCACAUAUGAAUCAUUAUACACCAACGGAAAAACAUCACAGGGAACGACCGGAGCAGUCAUCGCCUUUGAACGAAUCUGUCGUGUCCGCCGCAUCCGCUUUGAAUAGAUUGGCCGCCAGCAACGGCGAGAUUACUAUUACGACAACGCAUGGACCAGGCGGUGUUGGAGUAAAGGCUUCCCCGAGCAAUAUGCAUAGCCCGAAGGAAGAGGAGGAUGAUCUUCUGAACGAUUCACCGAACCAGCCAACGAUCAAUGAGGCCACUAAUAACGUGGUUGAUGGGAUCAAUUUGGACGAGAUCAAGGAGUUCGCGAAGGUCUUCAAGCUACGCAGACUGUCUCUGGGUCUGACACAGACUCAGGUCGGGCAGGCCCUCAGUGUCACCGAAGGGCCCGCAUACAGUCAAAGUGCCAUAUGCAGUGCCCUGGCUACCCAGAUGUACGCUGCCUCGCAGAUUGCCUCUCAGCAGCAAGCUACAUUCGAAAAGCUGGACAUUACGCCGAAAAGCGCGCAGAAAAUUAAGCCGGUCCUCGAGAGGUGGAUGAAGGAGGCAGAAGAGAGUGCAUCUGAUUCCAGGUACAAGAGCGGCGUUAAUCAUCUGACGGACUUCAUCGGGGUCGAACCAAGCAAGAAGCGAAAACGACGGACAUCCUUUACGCCUCAAGCUUUGGAACUGCUGAACGCACAUUUUGACAGAAACACUCAUCCCACCGGUAACGAAAUCACGACUUUAGCGCACCGACUAGGAUACGAUAGGGAGGUGAUAAGAAUCUGGUUCUGUAAUAAAAGGCAAGCUUUGAAGAACACGGUGAGGAUGAUGUCGAAGGGCGUUGUAUAGGGAAGGACUACAUCUACCGAUCAACCGAGCAACAUAUGAGAAAAGCUUCAAGCUGAAGCGAGCGAUGAGAAACACGUUCCGUGAAAUUUUUCAAAUAUCGCGUUUCUUCUAGUAAUAUAAAUAAAUUGAAUCGCACGUGAGAGAACGACUUUCCGUGGCACAUUACGGAACUGAAGAGAAAAAGCAUUUACCGAAGAAAGAUCAUAGUUGUCAAAUUCGAUCCGACACGGAAAGAUCGUUCUAGAUCGAGGCGAGAUCCUUCGAAUAUUGUGAUCGCAGGUGUAUACGACAUCUAUAUGUAAAUAGCUUUAAUCUACGAAUAUGUGAUGUAUACAUGAGUCGAAUAUCGAAAACUGAUAAUCUAAAAUCGUUGUCUCUCAUUUGGUACCAAUCCGUCGCGCGCUUCCAAUUUUCAUAGAUAUAUAUCCAGAGAACACACUUUGACUAACUGAUCCAGUUUCGAACAAACAAGUUAUUGACAAUUGGUAAGCAUCAACGAAUCGAGUAACAAAGAAUUCCUCGACGAUCAAAAUUACGUGAAAAGUUUAUCGAGCAACGAUAGAAAAGUCGCUUCCAUACGUCUUAAUUAAUUAAUUGCUUGAAUGUGACACAUCGGGACAUGUAUGUUUCUCGAAACUAAUCCAUCAAAAUCGGGCGGAAAGGUAUGUAAGUCGUCGCGCAGAUAUAUAAUGAAUAAAAAUAUAACUAUACCUUUUCAAAACGGUUAUUUACGAGAAAGCGGCGAACAUUUUAACAGCUACGUGCAAUCAAUACAUAAUCAAAUGGCAUAACAAUCGAGAAUGCACUCAAAAUCGAAACACUCGAUGGGUGGUAAUCUUUUGCGCGCAAUAAGAACUGUAACUGAAUUCGAGAACCGAAUCUUCAAGAAAAUUAAUUACAUCCGAUCUUGAAAUAUCGUUGUCGCUCGUUGAGUUGCGUAAAUAAAAAUAUCGCUUAAAUAAUAAAUACAAAAUCUCAUCGCCUCUCUCUAUUGAUUAUAUAAUAUCAAAUCCCUUACAUACAUACACAAUUAAAACGAGCAAUAAUAAUAUUUCUGUUAUAAUUUCGGUAACAGAUCGGUGAAGAGUUUUUAGUGCGCGCGAGAUUUGUAAAUUACACGUGUAUCUAGAAAAAUCAAUGAAAUUCCUUUAGUGACUAAAUAACGCAAUAACGUCUUUGAAAGUAUGCUAUAAACGAUUAUAUACCACACGCCGCUCCUGAAGUUGUAUUUGUUAGUCCUGUAGGAAAGAGACGGUUAGGGACAGACGAGAUUCGAGUUUCUGCAAAACUAGUCCGUAAUAAUCUGCCAUAUAAGACGUAUACGUGUUAAACGAGCACGCAUCCUUCGUUCCUAUACAUAUAUGCUUAUUCGCUGAAUAACGAUGAAAGCUCGGAUGAAACUUGGAUUUUACUAGAGCUCGAUUCCGAUCUGCGGGAUAAUCGACGAACAUAAUUCUUCGAUUACGAAAAACGCUUCCGUGUAUUGUUCCAUAUUUCUAUCUUGAUUUUAUAAAUCGUAUUUAUAAUCACGCGAAAGAAAGAAAAGCUCUGAUGGCAGUCAAAUAUAAUAUUCUAUUCGUAUAUUCUUUCGCGAAUGUAGAUUCGUAUUGCGACAAAUACUACAGAUGCGUGAUUUUUUUGAAAUCGAAGAAUUAUUUAUGCAUUAUUACUGUGUCCCUUUUAACAAAGAGAAAAAUUAUAACAAUAAAUAAAUAUAUAAAUGGCCAUGUAAAAUCGCCCACACAUCAUAACUAUUAGACGAUUGAUUUGCAUGCGUCAUACGAACGCAUUAUGUCGUGACGCAGUCAUUUAGCAACAAGCGAUCGACAACCCGCAGUCGUAUUUCCGCGUAAAAGGAUAUUUAAAUAAAGCCCAUAAAGUACGGUUUUCUUAAUAUUUAGCAGACAAGUACGUUUAAUGGGUAAGAUUGUGCAUAAAAUGUACUUCAUCUUCUUUAUAUAAUGGGCUAUUCGCUACGAUAAUAUCGUGAAAUCUUUAACAUGAUGCGUAGCUAGGGGCGCAAGGGGUAGCCUGUACAUAUUACGAUACACAUAUUGUAAUAUUAUAUAAUUAACUUUUAUUAUAUCAUAGCUAUUAUAAAUAGCUGAAUUCAUGCAAAGAAAAUUUACAUGGUUAAAAAAUAAUAAAUUUCUAAAAAUAAAACAUAUUUUAAGGUUUUACUUUUAAGAGCCUGAGAUGAGCAAAGUGAUCUGUUCCUAAAAUAAUUGUAUUAUACGAAUAAAAGAGAGGAUGAGAGAGAAAGACACGAGUGAGGGUCGGAAAGAUAUACGAAGUAAAACUCAAAAUUCAAAAUUUUUAUUAGUGGGGAUGUGUAUGUUAUCCUUUUUGAUAAAAAAAUGUUUGUACAGAAAUAUUCCGGUUAUUAAAUUUUGUUAUACGAGAAAGAGAGAAAGAAAGAAUGAAAGGAGGAGAAAGAGAAAAGAAAAAAAGAAAUGAGAAAAAGAGCAGAGCGUCAAAAGACGCGCGAUAGUGAUAAAAAUAAAAACGCGAAAACAGUUUAAGAAUCAUGUGUAUUUUCUUCGUGAAAUUGAAAUAUUCGAAUAGAUCCUUAUGAAAAUAUAAACAUGAGUAUUACAAAAAACAUGUGAAUUGUAUUCGUGAAUGUCAUAUUUCUAAGGAAGAUAGAUCCACGGGCAAAUGUUUUAUAGCAGUUUCCAGCUGAAUUUUUGCUCGCUUUAUCUGGUGAUUUUUAUAAAAUAGAAAAAAAAUAAGAACGGAUAACCCUGCGUCACAUAACCGAAUAAUAAAGAAAAAAUAAACAUCCCUAAAAAACUAAAACCAUGUCGCGUCAUAAAGUAAAAAAAAAUCACAAAUCAAUAAGAGGAAACUGCUCCUGAAACAUUGCCCAGCGAAACCAAAGUUCCUACUACGUUUUAUAAAGUAUAUAACUGAACUGCAGAACACUUGAAUUGUAAAUACGAUGGACGCAAAGUUAAGCUAAUAAUCACGAUACAAUCAGCAAUUUAACGAUGCUAAAAAUACGACUCGCCGAUCAAUUGAUUCGACAUUGCCACUGUCGGAGAACAUCGAUCGACCUUAUUAUGGAAAGAAAAUCACGCAAUUCGGUAAGCCGCUUUCGCUGAAGGCGGGAAUCAAUUGAUUUUGGCAACGAAAUAAGCACACAGUCGGCAAUUAAGCACAUAAGUAUACAAUUAAACUAAGCAGCCGUAGCUCUAGCUUGAAUGUUAGCACCUAGGCACACGAUGUAACAUUAAAUUACGUAUUUAAAUGAAGGACAAGAAUCUUAGCCGUUAAGCGAAUACCUGUGUAAAAUUUAGUAGGUGUCCACAAAAAUAUAAAAUAAAAACAUAUAUUGUGGUACAAAUAAUAAAAAAUCGCACCUAUUGCUUUUCGCGAUUAAAAUUUCGUUUGAUUUUUACAUAAAUAAUUUCAA